CCAUUUCUUACAAUUCAAUUGGUUAAUUGUUUAUGUAUGAAAUUUACAUUUAAGAAAUUGAAUAUUGGAUAAGAAUUUGAACCGUGCAACUUAUACUUGAAACAGUAGAAAAAUUUAUUUUUACAAAAAACUUGCAAAAAUUUCCGGCUUACUUGCAGCAUGAAAACUAUCUCUUCCCUAUUACUGGUCGCUGUCACGGCGUCCGGUAUCGAGUGGACCGAUCUUCGUGUGACAUGGAAAUUUUGGUUGCUUGACCCAUUCCACUCGUGGAGCUACUUUGAGAUGCCACGUACAAAAUCUGAUGCUAUUAGUAACGAUUGGGUAGAAGUAUCCGAUGUCACUUCCCUGAAUUUGACUACGUAUUGCCUGGGAAACGAUGGUCGCGUUUGUACUUAUUACGAUUCUUACGGGAACAUUGCCGGCAUACACGGGGCCAUACUCGUCAGCGAUGUUGCAGAUAUGGAAGAAAUAUACAACAAGUCGAAAUUCAACCAAUACCAGAUAAAAACAAUAUUCGAUGAAGACUAUUGGACUGGUUUGCUUCUCUUCAUAUCCCCUGAGGAUAUUGAAGCUGGUGGUCGCAGCGAAAUGAAUAAUCUCACCGGCACUGAAGGAAUAUGGUUUGUAACGACGGAUGGAUAUAUAGAAAUUCCCAGGAAUGUAUCAGAGUGGGAUUCCGCAUGGACGGAAGAAGCUUGCAUUCCUGAAAUGGGCACGCAUCAUUACUACAAUAUGAGUACAGACACCGAGUGUACAGACUUUCAGCCCUGGUUCUUGUUGGCACAAGACGGCGAGUUGAGCGGCGUUGGACUACAGGGAUUCGGAUCGACGACUUACAAAAGCAGAAACUGGUAUGAGCAGGUUCCAGCGCUUGCUAUUAAGCCCACAAUCCCGACAACCUCAGAGUGUGUCAUAGAUUGGGCUGGCGAUUACGGUGUAAUUUCAAUGCACAUUUACUUCACUUCAAAACCAUGGAAAAUCACGUGUUAAUAAUUGUAACAAGGCAGAAUAAAC